ACACGCUACUAAUUUAUUGGAUCUUCAUAGUCCAUAUCCCCCCCUCCCUUACGUGUUAUUCCCCUCUUCUUCUUAUUCUCAUUAUUCCCCUUUUUCUUCAAUCCAAUAGUCCAAUUUCAUUCAAGCCCAAUCCGAUCCCCUUUCUGCUUCUAACCUUUCUGGAUCACCCUUUUGCAGGCUUGGAUUUCAUCGCUGUUAUUUCAUCGAUUUCAGUUCUCACGGUUAAUCUUGUUUGUUACACAUGGAGACUCCACCACCAAUGGAAAGUAAUGCAUUGGUUAGCAUAGAGAUGCAGCCCGAGUAUCUCAACACACAAAUAACUGACGUCGACGUGCAGCCCACGAAGCGUAGGAAGAAGAAAUCUAUCGUUUGGGAGUAUUUCACUAUCGAGAAUGUCGGGCAAGGGGUUAGAAGAGCGUGUUGUAAACAAUGCAAGCAGUCGUUUGCGUACAGUACAGGUUCCAAGGUUGCCGGAACCAGUCAUUUAAAGCGCCACAUCGCUAAAGGCGGUUGCGCGGUUAUGCUUCGCAACAGUGACCCGGUUACCCCGAAGACCGCCCCGGUUAACGGAGCAGUGAAACGCCGUUACAAAAGUUUUAACCCGGCUGCUUCGUACUCUAUGUUUGACCCUGACGCGUGUCGUCGGGAAAUGGCGCGAAUGAUUAUUCUGCAUGAUUACCCGUUACACAUGGUUGAACACGCGGGGUUCAACGCGUUUGUGCAUAACUUACAACCGAGUUUCAACAUGGUUAACUUUAACACGGUUCAAGGUGACUGUGUAGCGACGUAUCUUCGAGAAAAACAGACCGUUCACAAGCUGAUUGAACAAAUGCCGGGCCGGGUUUGUCUUGCUCUCGACCUCUGGAACUCGCACCAUACAACGGGUUACGUUUUCGUAACGGGUCAGUUCAUCGAUAGUGACUGGAAAAUACACAAGAAGUUACUUAACGUCGUGAUGGAACCGUACCCCGAGUCGGAUUCGGCUUUCAGCCACGCGGUAUCUGCGUGUUUGUCCGACUGGAAUUUGGAGGGAAGGUUAUUCUCGAUUACGAUAAAUCAACCCGUUAGUGAGAUCGGGCUUAAUAGUCUUAGAAACUUGCUUUCGGAGAAGAACCCGAGCAUCCUCAAUGGUCAGUUAUUGCUUACGAAUUGCUUUGCUAGAUCGUUAACCGGUAUCGCACAAGUCGCGCUAAAAUCGGCUCAAGGAACGGUAAACAAGAUCCGAGACUGUGUGAAGUAUGUGAAAACAUCGGAAUUGAUCGAGGAGAAAUUUCUUGCAUUAAAGCAACAGCUUCAAGUAUUAAGCGCUAAAACGUUAGUAAUCGACGAUCAAACUCGAUGGAACACGACUUACGAAAUGUUGUUAGCCGCUUCAGAGUUGAAAGAAGUGUUUUCGUGUUUGGAUACGUUAGAUCCGGAUUAUACCGAAGCUCCGAGUGUUGAAGAAUGGAAGGUUGUAGAGAACGUUUGCACGCAUUUGAAGCUGCUUUUUAACACCGCGAGUCUGCUGACAUCAUCGACUGUUCCGACGGCGAAUACGUUUUUUCACGAAGCGUGGAAGCUUCAGUUGGAGCUCACGCGCGCAUCCGCAAGCGAAGAUAAAGAAAUCAGCACGUUAACAAAACUGAUGCUCGAAAGUUUCGAUAAAUACUGGAAAAACAGCUGUUUGACUUUAGCUAUUGCAGUCGUUAUGGACCCGCGGUUUAAAAUGAAGUUGGUCGAUUUUAGCUUUACGAAGAUUUACGGGGAUGAAGCGGCAACGUAUAUCAAAAUCGUCGAUGAAGGAGUUCACGAGCUUUUUCUCGAGUACGUCGCACUUCCAUUGCCGCUCACCCCUGCGGUUGUCGAACAAGUAAACGGUGGCCCGGGUGAUCCGAGACAAGAAGACGGUGGUCACGUUUCAGGCGGGCUAGGUAACGGGCUUGGGCUUACGGACUUUGACGUUUAUAUAAUGGAGAGUACAAGUCAACAGUCAAAGUCAGAGCUCGAUCAGUAUCUGGAAGAGUCGCUUUUACCGAGGAUUCACGAGUUUGACGUGAUGGGAUGGUGGAAGCUGAACAAGGUUAAGUACCCGACACUAUCGAAGAUGGCGCAUGAUAUCUUGACCGUUCCUGUUUCAACUGUUUCUCCCGGGUCGGUUUUUGACACGGGUAUGAAUGAGAUGGAUCAUUAUCGUGCGUCUUUGAGGCCUGACACCGUAGAGGCGCUUUUCUGUGCGAAGGACUGGUUGCAGUUUGAACCGACGGAGAGUAUGGACUCGAUUGUGAAGAUGGAGUUUCCGAUCUAAUAGGGGUGUGGUUUUUUUUACUGUUUGGUUUCUUUUUAUUUAGAUUGUGUUCAUUUGUGCAUGGUAUGGUAAUAACUAAGUAGUAAGUGUGGUUAAUAUGAGUUUUUUAGUUGUAAUUCUGGAUCUGGGAGAAGAGUUUAGAUUUGUGAAGUUUAAUACUUUUUUGUUUCUUA